AGCAACAUUAACUAAUUUGUUCUUGUUCACCUGCUUCACCCCCACUUUCAGUGUAGCCACAAAUCCUUUAAUCUGAAACCUAGCCACCAUGAGUAUUGUAACAGAUCCUCUUGCUAUUGGAAGAGUGAUUGGAGAUGUAGUUGAUUAUUUCACUUCAACUAUGAAAAUGUCUGUCACUUACAACACUAAGCAAGUUUACAAUGGUCAUGAGUUUUUUCCUUCCUCAGUUACCACUAAACCUAAAGUUCAGAUUCAUGGUGGUGAUAUGAGAUCUUUCUUCACUCUGGUCAUGACAGAUCCAGAUGUGCCUGGCCCUAGUGAUCCGUACCUGAAGGAACACUUACACUGGAUAGUCACAGAUAUACCAGGCACAACUGAUGCUACAUUUGGGAAAGAAGUGAUGAAAUAUGAAAUGCCACGACCUAACAUAGGAAUCCAUAGGUUUGUGUUCCUUCUUUACAAGCAGAAGCGCAGACAGACAGUGAUGAAAAUACCAACAUCAAGAGAUCUCUUUAACACAAAGAAAUUUGCACAAGACAAUGACCUCGGGCCUCCUGUGGCUGCUGUUUUUUUCAAUGCACAAAGAGAAACAGCUGCCAGAAGACGUUGAAAUUGAUUAAAACCAUAAACUAAAAGUGAUUGUACGUGCUAAUGCUAUUUAUAGCUAAAGUUGCACAAAAUAAGUUUAGCUAUUUAGGGUGUUUUUUGGAGGGGGACACUUUCUUCAAAGUUGCAGUCUUGCUUUCAUAAUUGUGCUCUUAUAGUUUGGUUUUUGUCCUAGUUUGUAACCAAGUUGUUCGUGGCAAUUAAUCUAGUUUUAUGUUCUUGU